AUGGAUGGAGAUGAGCAUGGGAUGAAGUUGUCAAGGCGUGCUUCUGGAUCACAUUCGCCGUCGUUGAUGGGGCAGAGUCGGGAAGCGCUUGUUUGUGAGAUGGGGGUGGUUAGCUUGAAUGAUAAGAGUACAGCUCGGCAGAUCCGUUCACCAUCUACAGCUACAACAUCCUCUUCGACCUUCUCCACCCCCGACUUGAAAUCUCCGUCCACACCGCCUCCGGACCCGCAUCUCACCAGCUCCUCCAACACCACGCCCAACGACACCAACACCUCGGACAACCCCGACCCCGACCCCAGCCUCAGCAAGCGUCAAAAGAAACGCCAAAAAGAAAAAAACAGCAGAGCCAAGAAGAAUGCAGCUAUCGCAGCCGGCAAGACGGGCUACUGGUGGAAAUCGAACUCUUCAUCAAACCUUUCAAACUCUUCAAACCCUUUGGAUAGAGAUACGCUUUACGCUAGGAGAGAUAUACCUCGCGGACAGAUUAUCAUAUGGGAAGAAUCCGUCGGGCCUAUACCCCUCGAAAUGAGUCGAGACAACAUUGAAGAGAUAAACACUUGGGGAGAGGAGGACGGGGUGGUUAGAGGAUUGUUUGAGGGGGUGAGGAAUGAGUAUCCGGAGAUGGGGUUUUAUGGCAAGUUGUUGACUUGCAAGGUGGAUUUGAAUAAUGAGAAGGGUGAAUGGGCGGCGCUGGCGCAGAUCUCAAAGCUCAGAAAGGUGUGUGAUGCGAAUGUGCUUUUUUUGCGGGAUGAAAGUAAAAGCUGGGGAUACGUUAUCGCUCUCAAGAAUAUCCCGAAAGAUACACCACUCGCUCGUUGUCACAUGAAGAGCUUCGCAACCUCUUUCGUGCGAUACAACUAUCUAUCAGAGCAAGGUAUCACCUGCACCUGUACCCUCUGCCGUCGCUCGCCAGACGAAUGCCAGCAAUCCGACCAGAACCGACUCCACCUCUCCCACCUUUCCCUUCCCUUCGACGCCCCAUCCCACUUCCUCACCACCUCCCUCUCCGACCUGCUCAAAGACGUUCAAUCCAUGCUCCUCCUCCUGGCGAAAGAACAAACGUGGUCCCUGUUGUUUAGGUGGUACAGCUGGGGGGUGAAGGCUUGUGUAAUGUUUGGCGAUGAGGUGAGUGCGAGGGAAUGGGCGAGAGGGGCGAGGGAUGCGGCGUGUUUGGUUUGUUUACCGUGGGGGGAGGAGAGGGUGGAUGCGGAGGGGUGGAUGGAUGAUCCGAGGGGGCAUGGGAAUUGGGGGAAGAGGGGAAAGGAGGGGGAGGUGGGGUGGGGGCCGGGGCAGGAUGUUAUUAAGAAGACGUUGGGGAGGUUUGAUUAUGAUACUUGGGAGCGGGAUCGUACAAGGAAGCCACUUGGUCAGUAUGCGUAUCCACCUGAUCAGGUGGAGUGA